GCUCAGAAAAUACUCAAGUUUGAAGUUCGAACACCCCCCCCCACCCACCCACGCCACCCCCCUAGGCCCCUACCCUCUUCUUUUCACCCUUUCUUCAAUUGUCCCUUAUUUAAGUUUUUAUUCUUUUGAAGCAAAAAAGCAACUAUUUUUCACAGCUCUUAAUAGCUCUGUUUCACCUCUGUCUAAGCCGUUGCCUAUCAGUUGCUUCACUCAGUCACUUCAAAGUCGCAUAGAUCUUCUCUCUCUCUCUCUCUCUCUCUCUCUCUCUCUUGAAUCCUUUGGAGGAAGGUUUGGAGUCUGCAAAGAAUGGGGGCUUCUGGAAAAUGGGUUAAAGCAUUGAUAGGGCUUAAGAAACCUGAUAAAGAUGACAAUGAAAAGAUUAAUGGAAAGAGCAAAAAAUGGAGGAUUUGGAGAAGUCCAUCGCUGGAUCUGAAAAAGCCCGCCGGAAUCAACGCCGUGCCGGAAUUCUCGUCGGAAUCCUCAUCCGUCAACAACGAGGCCUUCUCCGCCGCCGUCGCCGCCGUGGUCCGCGCGCCGCCGAAAGACUUCCGCGCCGUGCGGCAGGAAUGGGCCGCCAUCAGAAUCCAAACCGCAUUCAGAGGAUUCUUGGCAAGAAGGGCUUUGAGGGCUUUGAAAGGAUUGGUGAGGCUUCAAGCCAUUGUUCGUGGGCGGCAGGUUCGGAAGCAGGCUGCGGUGACCCUGAGGUGUAUGCAGGCUCUGGUUAGGGUUCAGGCUCGGGUCCGGGCCCGCCGCGUCCGCAUGUCCGUCGAGGGGCAGGCGGUGCAGCGCCUCCUCGACGAGCGCCACCGCGAGAAUGAGGCCUUGAAGGAGGCUGAGGAAGGGUGGUGUGAUAGUAGAGGGACUCUUGAAGAGGUUAAGGCCAAGAUACAAAUGAGGCAAGAGGGAGCUGUCAAGAGAGAGAGAGCCCUUGCUUACUCUCUUGCUCAAAAGUGGAAAUCAAGCCAGAGUUGUGAUUCUUGCAUAACUGUGCCCAAAUGCCAAGACUUGGACAAGAACAGCUGUGGCUGGAGCUGGCUGGAGAGGUGGAUGGUGGCGAAGCCGUGGGAGAAUCGCCUCAUGGAGAAGUCGAGCACGGAGGAGGAUCGGCACUCGGACACGACUCCGUUGAUCAGCAAGGGCAGCCUCUCUAGGCUGUCCGAGCCGAGCACGGUGAAGGUGAGGAAGAACAAUGUGACCAAGAGGAUAUCAGCAAGGCCUCCUCUCUUUGCACACUCGUCGUCUAGCCCUAGCUACGACGAGAGCUCGGCCUCGUCCUCCAUCUUCACAACCACCACUCCCAUCUCCGGGAACACUGCCUCGGACGAGGGCAGCAGCAGCAGGCCGAACUACAUGAGCUUGACCGAGGCCACCAAGGCAAAACAGAGGAGGCACGGUGCUCACAGGCAGCAGCAGUCUAUGGAUUUCACCAAUGCUGAUACGAAGAGCUCGGAUUCUAGUGCACCGCCCGUGCCCCUGUCUCGACCCCUCUGCCUCCCGACACGAAUGGAGAAGGGGUAUUUCUAAAUGUGGGAUUGGAAACUUACAACAGCUUGAUUGUUUGAAAUUUCACUUCUGCAUUCUGUAAUAUAGUACUUGUUUAUGAGUUUUGCCAUGGAAAAAAGAAAAAAGAUGGUUAUUUGAUCUUC